GAUAACCUUGGCCUUCAGGGCCGCGCAACUCAGUCGUCAAGUUAUGAAUUUUUAGGUUCAGGACUGAAUGCUAUAGAUGGGAAUUCAGAUCCGCUCUAUGUCUCCAGGUCCUGCUUCGCUAGUAAAGCUGAACUGUCACCCUGGUGGAGAGUGGAUUUAAUGGCAAGCUAUAAAAUAUCCCAUAUAAUGAUCACCAACAGAGGGGACUGCUGUGCAGAGUACAUUAAUGGAGCAGAAAUUCUUAUUGGAGAUUCACUAACCAACAACGGGAACAAUAAUGCAAGGUAA